UAACCAUGCUUAAUACGAAAUAGUUUCAGAUUGUAAUAGUACGAAGAAUAAUUAUGAUAAAUCUCCCAUGGAACGUCGCCAGAUAUUGGUAAGGAAAAUAAUUAACAAAAUCACUGAUUUAUCUUUGUCCUCGUUUGCAAAUGCUUCUCUCAAAGAAACACCACAAAUAUUGAAAAAUAUAAGAAACCAAUUGAAAUUGGCUUCUAAAUUCACUGGAGCACGUGGCGAUAGAUACGUAGAACUACUAAUGGAUGGCAUAAAAUCAAUCGUAGCCAGUAAAAACAAAUUAGGUGAAAUUGAAUCCGCAAACGCAAUCGACUCAGAGAAUUUCGAAAAAUAUGAUCUGAAAAAUAUUCAUUACUCAAAAAAUGACUCAAGCGACAAACCAAAAGCAGCACAUUUGAAGAGUGAAAAAUACGAAGAGGAUGAGUGUGAUUGCAGUUGUGUUGAAGAAAGACUUUGCUUAAAAAUAUCAUAUUUGGAUAAAUUUAUAUGUCCUAAAGAUGGGAAUGUAAUAUCGUUAGCACAGGUGUGCGAUGGAGAGAACGAUUGUACGGAUAAUUCUGACGAAGAACAAUGCAAAGUUCAUGCCCACAAUAAACUUUCCGAAACUAAACGCAUAAUAAAUGAAAUCAGAAACAUUUUGCCAAUACACUGUUUAGAAGUACAAAAUAGCGUGGAUAAAGUUGUAAUGAAAAGUCGAAAAGAAAUAUUGACCAAUGUCCUCAAAAAACAAUUCGAAGUCUUAAUUAACGUUGCACCCAUUAAAGGAAAGCUUUCCAAAAAAGUUAAGGAGAUUGCUCAAAUAGUGAGUUCCGUGGGAGCAGCACUUGAAGGGGGCUUGUGUAUCCGAGAAAAAUAUAAAGAAGAAAUUAGUCGCAGAAAUGGUUUGUCACUAGAUGAUAAUGUAGAAGUUGUACAGAAUAAUAAAAAAACAUGGGCCCCUCCAGUUUGUACAUGUACUGGACCGUUUUGUCUACUAAACAACUGCACAUCUGCGUGCAAUAACACUUGUUGGCAACGAUUUAGUCUACGGCAAUUGGGAUGCGAAUCCGUUGUUGGUGCGCGCAGUGUACCAAUAGAUCUUGUGUGUGAUGGUAAAGUUGACUGCUUUGACGAAUCCGAUGAGAAACAAUGCACUGCAGGUGCAGGGGCAGAUAAAUUUAAAGCAACACAAAUUUACAAUUCAAUUAUUGAAUUACUAUCUACUAAAAUGGCAUCUAGCCCUCAGGUUAACAAAAUUAUUAACUUACAAGAAGUGGUGAAAAACUUACAAGCACAGAGUAUGAAAGAGAAAACAGAUGCGGCUGCAUUAAAGCAUUGGAGAGACGAAGCCUUUUCAGGGCUAUCUUCUAUUUAUGACGGUGUAUUAAAUAUGGCUGAUAAUAUUUUGGAAGUAAAUGCUGGGUAUGAGUCUUUAAUGGCAGUCAGCCGAAAACUUGUUGAAGCAAUGAAGUAUUCGAAAACAGGAAACGAAAGAGUAGCACCCACCAACGAAUGUUUAUGUAUGGCUGACAAGUGUUUGCUGGCCGACUGUUCGUUGGCGUGUGUGCGUUUCUGCGCCGUCAAAGCUAUCAUCACCGAGUACUCGUGCAAAGGAAACUCGACUACAAGAGUACCAGUGCAAAAUAUGUGUAACCGAAAAAGAGAUUGUCCAGAAGGAGACGACGAACAAGAAUGUCAAAUAGAUAUUUGCCGUAAUCAUAAUCUACUGGUGCUUCGCAAUAAAAUUCAAAAUUACAGACAUGACCACUGGGGACACGCAUUGGCAGAAAUACUUGUCAGCUGGAAGACUAAGACAAUUUCUUCGAUUCGGGUGAUCGAGAGGAUGGACCGAUUGUCACGGCACGGACUAGAGAAGCUGGUAGCGGAGACCCUGCACGACCUGGCGCAGGUCUACGCCACCCUGCCCAAGCUCACGAGGCGCAGCACCGACGGCACCAUGCCCGCUUUCCUGGUGCUGUCUCGACUUAUACGAGAUACACUCAGAGAUUGCACGAUAUAAGUGCACCUGGACUUUCUUAUGAUGACUGGAU